AUGACGUUGACGGAUCUCAUUACAUUUAACAAGAAGAAGGAAACUGAAGCACGCACUGACGUGGAGGUGGAAGUGGUUGUGUCCGACGAGGAGAACCAGAAUGCACCCUUGUACAAGCACCUUCCUCUUCGAGAACUCAUCAUCACAUACCUUGGUCUGACAAGUAUUCAAGCCGUGAUAUCUCUCGAACGGAACGCCUUCCGUCCCAUCAGUCCCAACGUGGCGUCAGACUUUGACAGUCUGAAUGAUCUCUCUUGGCUGGCUACCACAACCUUUGCAGUAUGGCUUGCCAUCGAACCCAUAUGGGGAAAACUAUCGGAUUUGUUUGGGAGGAAGCCGCCGUUCAUGAUUGCCAUUGUUGUCUAUGUGCUUGGAUUGAUACUCUGUAGUGUGAGUCCAUCGUGGACCGCGUUCAUUAUUUUCAGAGCUAUUUCCAGUAUUGGAUCUGGGGGCAUCAACAAUGCUGUCAACAUCAUCAUAUCUGAUAUUGUUCCCCUGCGUCACCGUGGAAAAUAUCAAUCUUACUACGAAGUAGUGUUCCUCGGUACCAACGUCCUCGGCCCUGUCAUGGGCGCAGCAUUUGCGAACAACGACAAAUGGCGUGGCAAUUUUUAUGUCUCUGCAGCAUGUGCCACGUUUGUAGGGAUUCUCCUCGCCUGGAAAUUAAAGUUACCCAGUGCCUUUCGAAGCAAAGAAUCGAGUGUAGCUAGAAGAGUUUACGGUCGGUUGAGAAGAGUUGAUUAUAUUGGGACAUUGAUGGUUUCGGUGGGAGCUUUUGCUGUUGCUUGUGGCCUUCAACUUGGGAAUCGAAAGGAAUUCGGAUGGAGCUCCGCCAACGUUAUAGCUCUUCUCACCUGCGGUUCGCUGCUUUCAGCUUUAUUUGUCGUAUAUGAAUGGAAAUACGCUCGUGAACCUCUUCUCCCUCUGCGCCUAUUCCGUUAUCGAAACGUUGCUGUUGCAUUUUUAUUGUCGUUUAUCCUCAUGAUUGGAACAAGCGGGCACGAGCUGUACCAGACCACCUUCUAUCAGAAUAUCGUUAACCUGACUCCCUUCAAAGUCGGGCUCAUCGAAUGGGCCGAAACCAUUGGCCAGACCGUCGGUGGAAUUGCGUUUGGGUGGGCCAUGGCCUUAACGGGACGGUACCGGCCUUUUCUCUGGUUGAGCAUCGCACUAGUGUGUUGCGGCGUUGGGAUGAUGGUGCAGAUAAACCCAGAUAUACCUCAUGCUUUAUUGGUUGUCCAACGAGCGAUAUUCGGGAUUGGGUUUGGAGCUGUAUCCCAUGUAUUGCUCAUUGCAGCGCAGGUUGCUGUUGAGCAUGUUGACAUUGCCAUCGUAACAUCCAUGUUCUUUUUCUUUCGCGCGUUGGGGGGUCUCCUCGGUAAUGCAAUGUAUGGCGCAUUGUACGAUUUUUGGGUCACCCAAGCAUUGCGGAACAGGGCGCCGCCGAAUACACCCCAAAGCGCGAUCGAUGCUGCCAAAAACUCUCUGCGCGGUGGUCGGACUGGAGGUGGACGGUCUAGUCCAACCUUGGAUCGAUCCAUCGUGGCGAAUGCGUACGCUGACACCUCUAGACAGAUUAUGUGGACUGAAUUUGGUAUUCUGGUAUUUGCGCUUCUCGCCUCUUUGACGAUAGAGCAUUUUCCUUUGCCAAAAACUUUGGGACGUCGUGGAGUAAAAAGUCAUGAAGAGAUAUCUACUGAGACCCGCUGCGAAACGAAACCAGGAUCCGAGGACGAAAGCGCGCCGCCCAAACCGGCAUAG